GAGGUGUACUCUGACUGGCAGCGGUGGCUCUUCGGAGAGCUGCCCAUGGUAUACAUCGCUCGGGUCUUUGAUGUGUUUCUGGUGGAGGGCUACAAAGUUCUCUAUCGCGUUGCACUGGCUAUUCUGAAAUCUUUUCACAAAGUCAGGGCUGGGCAGCCCAUGGAGUCUGACAGCAUACAGCAGGAUAUUCGAGCUUUUGUGAGAGACAUUGCGAAGUCAGUGUCUCCAGAGAGGCUUCUGGAAAAGGCCUUUGCUAUCCGCCUUUUCUCACGGAAGGAGAUCCAGCUGCUGCAGAUGGCCAACGAGAAGGCUUUACAGCAGAAGGGCAUCACAGUCAAACAGAAAAGUGUGGCAUCUCCAAAAAGGUAGGCUCAACACUCGCAUCUUUGCGCUUUGCUCGCUUCUUCUGUCUUUAAUUAGCUGGUAAUUUUUUUCUAAUCCUGUCAUCAUUGCUAAUGCUGGGGCAAGAGAAGCAAGGCAGCAAUUACAGCAUCAGAUUGCUGCGUAACACCUACUGAAUGCACUCUUGCAAAGUUAGUUCAGAGCACCUGCAGAGUCCUACGAGCGGGGCGGAAUGGGCACAGCUGGGCAACACAGCGUUUUUGUACAGC